UUUUUUUUCAAAUCGGGAUCGGCGUUUAAAAAAAAAUAUUGAUAGAAAAAAUCAUCAUGUCUUCUAAGAGAAAGCUUCACAAGUGGUCAAUUGAUUUUACUGGACAUGGAAGAUCAAAAUCUGACAGACAAGCUGUCCAGGUCAUUGAACUAAAGCCCCCAGUAGGAUACACCGAGAGUAUUGGAACUUUAGCAGAACAAAGCAGCAAAGACACAGACCAGAAAAUUAUAGAUAAGAGAUCAUGGGAUAUAGCCCUAGGACCAUUGAAACAAAUUCCCAUGAAUUUCUUCAUUAUGUGGAUGGCUGGGAAUUCAAUCUCGAUCUUUCCCAUCAUGAUGGUUGGCAUGAUGUUCUUCAAACCCAUACAAGCCUUCAUCUCCAUUCAGAACACAUUUGUAAUGAUAGAAGGAUCACAAGCCAUUAUAAUGAAAUUUAUUUACAUAUUUGGAAACAUUGUCUGUGUGGCUUUAGCAACAUAUAAAUGUCAGACAAUGGGACUCCUCCCCACCCACGCCUCAGAUUGGCUAGCUUUCAUGGAUCCUCAAAAGAGAAUGGAAUGGAGUGGAGGUGGCUUUAUUCUUUAAUGGGGAAUACAAGGAUAUUUGUUGUCAAAGAUGAUUUGAUUUAAUGAACGUAUAUUUAUUUGGAAGAAGAGAAAAUACUAAGAGAAAUUUUGUAAAAGAAAAAAAGUGAAAAUUGAUAUAUCUUUUAUAAAAGAAAUGAAGAAAAACACUGGAAAAAAAAUUGUUGUCAAGAAUCGUGUAAAAUGAAUGUCUUUUUAAAUAGGGAUGAAGAAAAUACUAACCAGGAAUAUAUUUAUAGACUACAUUUUUUUUCAUUAUACCAAGAGAUCAGAAGGUUGAGUGCAAUAAAAUAAAGAAAACAUGAAGUGUCAAUGAAAGUACACAAGUAAACUCAUUUGUCAAUUUAUAAUACUUUUUUGUGCUUUAAAUCUGAUAAUAAAGAAAAUAAAAAUACUGAAUAAAG